AUGCUUUUCAAAAACCUCGUGUCGGUUUUGGCCACCUGUGCCGCUGCCGUAUCUGCUGCAGACUUGCCCGCUUUAGAAAUUGUUGGUAACAAGUUCUUCUACUCCAACAACGGUUCUCAAUUCCUUUUGAAGGGUGUCGCUUACCAACAAAACACUGCUAACUUGUCUUCCACUGACAACGCUACCUUCGUUGAUCCUCUUGCUGAUGCCAAAGCUUGUGCUAGAGACGUUCCUUAUUUGGCUGCUUUGGAAACCAACGUCAUCAGAGUUUACUCUCUCGAUGUCACCCAAGAUCACACUGCUUGUAUGAACCUUUUACAAGAAGCAGGUAUCUAUGUCAUUGCCGAUUUGUCAACUCCUGAUUUGUCCAUCAACAGAGAUGACCCGGAAUGGACUGUUGAAUUGUACGACCGUUACACUUCAGUGGUUGAUGCUUUCCAAAACUAUACCAAUAUCUUAGGUUUUUUCGCCGGUAACGAAGUCACCAACGCUGUCAACAACACUAACGCCUCCGCUUUCGUCAAGGCUGCUGUCAGAGAUACCAAGGCUUACAUCAAGUCGCAAGGUUACCGUCUGAUUCCAGUUGGUUACUCUGCCAAUGAUGAUAUCGAUAUUAGAUUGGAACUUGCUGAGUACUUUGCCUGUGGUUCCGAAGAUUCUGCUGCUGAUUUCUUUGGUAUCAACAUGUACUCAUGGUGUGGUACCUCUGCUACUUUCAAGUCUUCUGGUUACCAAAACAUCACCGAACAAUACGCUAAUUUGGGCAUCCCACUUUUCUUCUCCGAAUACGGUUGUAACUUGGUCCAACCCAGAAAGUUCACCGAUGUAGGAACCAUCUACUCCUCCGAAAUGACCGGUGUUUGGUCUGGUGCCAUUGUUUACAUGUACUUCCAAGAAGAAAAUGAUUAUGGUUUGGUUACCAUUGGUUCUAACGACAAGGUCACCACUUUACCUGAUUACUCUUACUUGUCUGUUCAAAUCGCUUCCGUCAGUCCAACCUUGAUCAAGAGUGCUCAAGCUGCCAAUGUAACUGCCACCACAUGUCCUGCCAUUGGUGCUAACUGGCAAGCUACCACUCUUCUCCCUCCUACUCCAGAUAAGUCGGCUUGUGAAUGUAUGGAUGAGUCUCUUUCUUGUGUCGUUGAUGGCUCUGUCUCCUCUGACGACUACCAAUCUUUGUUCGAAUAUGUCUGUUAUCAUAUCGACUGUUCAGGUAUCAAUGCCAACGGUACCAGUGGUGAUUACGGUGCUUACUCACCUUGUUCCAACCAGCAAAGACUUAACUUUGUCUUGGAUUUGUACUAUAAAGCUCAAGGUUCUUCCUCAUCUGCUUGUGACUUUAGUGGUUCUGCUUCUCUUAAGUCUGCUUCCACUGCUGGUUCUUGUGCUUCAGUUUUGUCUGCUGCUGGUGAAAGUGGUAUGGGAACUGUGGUUCCAGCUUCCACCACUAAGGGUUCUGGCUCCUCUGGCUCUGCCUCUGGCUCUAAAGCUUCAGCCUCAGCUUCUGGUUCUUCCACAUCCACCAAGCUGUCAGGUGCCAUUGCUUCAUACAACCUCAACAUCAAGUACCAAGUCAUUGUUGUGGCCAUUUCCAUGGUCUUUGGUGCCGGUCUCGUGUGUUUGUAA